AUGGCCUCCAAUGGCGUGCCGGAGGACUUCUCGGUCCCCAAUGUUCUGGCAGCUAUGCUGACCAUGCGGAGCGGGGACAACGACAAGAAGAAGAUUGCCGUCGACUACCUUGGCAGGUUCCAGAAAUCCGUCCGUAUCUCCCUCGCAUCACCCGCUGCCAUCAACAAUGCGACCGAGGCUGAGCAGCAGCUCUUUGCCGCGACGACUCUCAAGGGCAAGAUCACAUAUGACUUGUCGACGCAGGUGCCAGAGAGCGAUUGGCCUGCUCUUCGUAGCCAGCUCCUAAUCCUGCUCAAGAAGUAUGCGUCCGGGCCCAAGCCGGUGAGGGUCCAGUUGUGUGUGUGCCUGGCCAUCCUGGCCAUCCAGAUGCAGACCUGGAAGGACGUUCUGCAGACGGUCGUUGCGGCCCUGGGGAACGAUGUAGCUAGCCAUGCAUGCAUCCUGGAUUUCUUGCGCGUGCUUCCCGAAGAGGUUACGGAAGGUCGCAAGAUCACCCUCUCUGAAGAAGACCUCACCCAGAGGACGUCGGAGCUGCUCACCGAUAACGCCGAGAAGGUGGUGCAACUCCUCGUUAAUUAUGCUCAGUCGUCUCCUGCUGCCGCUACUAAUCCGCAGCUGUUUGAUUGCAUUAGCUCGUGGCUCCGUGAGGUGCCUGUUCGUGUCAUCGUCAACUCCCCCCUGAUGGCCGCCGUCCUUCACGGCAUUAAUGACGAAAAGUCCCUGCUUGCUGCUGCAGACUGCCUAGGGAUCAUCUGCCGGGAGACUAAAGACGUCGACGACAAUCUGGAUACGAUCCAAACGCUGCUUCCGAAAGUCCUCGAGCUCCGGCAGCGCAUCCGUGCUUUAGUGGAGGAGGAGGAUACCGAGGGGUUCAAAGCAAUCACCAGAGUCUUUGCUGAGGCUGGUGAGUCCUGGGUGCUGCUCGUCGCUCGUGAGCCUCAACACUUCCGGCCCUUGGUCGACUGUCUGCUCGAGUGCUGCGCGCGCGACAAGGAGAGGGACGUCAUAGGCUACACGUUUAACUUUUGGUACGAGCUGAAGCAAUACCUGACGCUUGACCAUUACAUCGAGGCCCGGGUCCAGCUCGUCGACGUCUACUCGCAGCUGGUCGACAUUCUUGUCAAGCACCUCGAGUACCCCGCUUCCGAUGAUCCUAAUGACCUCGAUCUGUUUGAUGGCGACCGCGAGGCUGAGGAGAAGUUCCGCGAGUUCCGUCAUCACAUGGGCGACACACUCAAGGACUGUUGCCAAGUUAUGGGUGUGGCUGCCUGUCUUACCAAGGUAUACGACGCCAUCAAAGCCUGGCAGGAGAAAUAUGGCAGCCAAGCCACUCCCACCUCGGUCCCUCACUGGCAAUCACUCGAGGCUCCUCUGUUCGCUAUGCGCGCUAUGGGCCGUAUGGUCGAGGUAGACGACAGUAGCGUGCUCCCUCAGAUCUUCCCGCUCCUAGUCCAGAUCCCCAUCAGUAACGAGAAGCUGCGCUUUGCCGCCAUUAUGGUCUUUGGCCGUUACACCGAGUGGACUGCCGUUCAUCCCGAGUUCCUCGAGCCGCAGUUCAAGUACGUCAUCGAUUCCUUCCAAAGCGAGAGCCAGGAGAUCCUGCGCGCAGCUGCCCAGUCAUUCAAGUACUUCUGCAUGGACUGCAGGCAGCUCCUCGGCUCGCAGGUCAUUCAGCUCCAAGCCUUUUAUGAUCAGAUCCUCGACAAGCUGCCCGAGCAGAGCAAGGAGGAGAUUACCGAGGGCGUUGCGAAUGUGGUUGGCGUACAAAAGGCCGAGGAUGUCUAUAAGCUGCUUAAGCUGUACUGUGAUCCCCUCGUGCAGCGCUUGAUGGUCAAGGCCAACAACGCCACCGACCGGCCCAAACAGCUCGAUCUUGCCGGCAAUGCGGAAAACCCUGCCGUUAAGUAUUGGCAAGAGGUUUUCCCCAUUCUGUCCACAAUUCUUGACAACUUCACAAGCUCCGUGCCUAUUUGCGAGCGUAUCUGCCGUUGCUGGCGAUACAUGGUGAUUUCGUACAGGACGGCCGUCACGCCUUUACUUGGCCCUCUCGCCAACAAGCUGGCUGAGGGCUUCGCCAAGUCGAACCAGGGCUGCUUCCUCUGGGCUACCAGUGCGAUUCUCCGCGAGUUCUCCGAGGACCGGGAGUAUGUGGAGCAGAGCAUUACAGACAACAUCUACGCCUUUUUCGAGGCCCAGGCGACGAAUGUGCUGCGUACCAUGAGCAACAUUCCGCCGAAUGAUCUCCCGGACGUCAUCGAGGACUUUUACCGUCUCCUCGUCGACGCUCUCCUCUACUACCCGACCAGACUCAUCCCUUCCAGCCUUCUGACUCCAAUCUUCCAGGCUGCCAUCUCGGCGUUGACCCUGGAAAAGCAAGAACCCGUUUCGGCUGCGCUUCAUUACAUCCGUGACCUCCUGACCUACGGCGGCCCGAACCCCGCCACGUCAAACAGCAACCUUGGUUCCGCCAGUCAACAGCUUCAGCAAAUUGUCAAGAACCUGCUCCUUGCACAAGGAGAGGCUCUCGUUAAGCAAACGCUCGCCGGCAUGAUGAUUACGUUCCCGCGCGACUGCUUUGCUGACGGUAGUGGCGUCUUGCUGUCUAUGUUUGAGCUGCUGCCAGCCGAGACGACACAGUGGGUUGACCGCACCAUCCGGCUGCUUCCCGAAGGCACCGUCACGCCCGCCGAGGCCGACCGCCUGCUUACAAAGAUCAAGGAGAAGCUGCGCGGGCCCGAUCCGUCGCAUCUCAGACAGAUCCGUGUGCUCCUCCAGGACUUUACCAACCAAUACCGGAGGAGGUAUGUCGCUCCCAGGGAUGGGCUUGGCGCGCUUGAGGCGGCAAGGUUCCAUUUCUCAGGUUAG